AUGCCCUACGCCGGCUUCCAGGCCUUCAUCCUGUGCGGGCCCGGCCUCUCACUCAACACCUUCACCUCGAAUGUCGCAGACUACCCCAAGGCCCUCGUGCCCAUCGCCAACCGCCCCAUGGUGUGGUAUCCUCUGGACUGGUGCUACCGCAUGGGCGUCACCGACAUCACCCUGAUCACUCCUCCCGAAAGCGCUGCUCCUCUGGAAUCUGCCCUCGCCCAAAACCCUCACCUCACCAGUCUCCCUGCUCCCAAGCCCGAACUGCUGUGUCCCAAAGACUUGACCCAGACCACUGGAACCGCCGAGAUCUUCCGUGCCCCCGAAGUCCAGAAGGCCAUCACCUCCGACUUUAUCGUUCUGCCUUGUGACUUGAUUUGCGACCUCGAGGGUUCUGCUUUGCUGCAGUCAUGGAUGGUGCUCGAGGCCGGUCUUGGAGGCGCUACUGGUGGUAUGGUUGACGGCCAACCUGUACCCAUGACUAUGGGUGGUGAAAAGAGUGGCCGCAGAGGAGGUCUGGCUGUGUGGUACCCUACAAAAGGUCUCGAGGGCGUCAGCCAGAAGGGCGACGAGACCGACUUGGUCGCAACAACCNCCCUACCACGUCCCGCUGUCCCUGCUCCCGAGGGCCAUCUCCGCCCACAUGUCGAAAAGCUCGUCUUGAGUAUCCCCACAAGUACCGUCAAGGACAUCACAGAAGAACAAAAGAGCUUUCCUCUGCGCCAUGCCCUACUGCGUCAGCACGGAAAGGUCAAGAUCAAGACUUCACACAGAGAUGCCCAUGUCUACUUCCUGCCUUUCUGGGUCAAGGACAUGAUCAAGGAGAAUGAGGCCUUCGAUUCGUUAUCCGAGGAUGUUAUUGGCUGGUGGGCGAAGGCUGGCUGGCAGCAGGGUCUGGCUGACAAGUUGAACCUGCGCAAAGUAUUGAACGAUGCACCCUCUACACAAGACGCCGACGACAUGAUGAUGGCGAGCAGUAUGCAACUCGACGAAGAGGUCGACUUGGCUGCCAUGAGCACAACAUCAAUGACUCAGCCCACUUCAUCUGCCUUCAAACGCUCGCCAGACACUUUCGCAUCGCGCGUGCCUGGAAACCUCCAAACAGACAACGAGCCCCAAGAUCCGUUAAUAGUCCCUCCCAUCUUGGCUUACGUCCAGCCUCCUCUUACUGACCCCACGAACCAACCCCUCAUCCGUCGCGUUGACACUUCCUCCCUCCUCCUUAGCAUCUCUCUUCGUCUCGCCAAACUACCCUCGGUCGCAGAAGCCACAGCCACUGGCAUUGCACCAUCACCCUUUGCACAUGCCGCAAAGGUCGCGCAUCCAGACAUGAUUCAACAACAAACACGAGUCAGCGAAGUCGAUUCAUUGGUAGCCGAGAACGUCACAAUCGGCAGCAGAGUUAACAUCAAAGAGUCUGUCAUUGGUGUGGGUUGCAGCAUUGGCAAUGGCGCAAGAUUGACGAGGUGUCUACUCAUGGAAGGAUGUGCUGUUGGUGAGAAUGUUACACUCACCGGCUGUAUCGUGGGCAAGAGGUGUAAAAUCGAGGGAGGUGGUCCCAAGGACGAGGACAAGACUCGUCUGACGGAUUGUGAGGUACAACCUGGCUAUGUUGUCAAGUGGGGAAGUGAGUUUUCUGCCUUUUGCUCUUCUCUGCCUGAUAGAUUGCUGACUCCAGUAUCACAGCCGNAAAUCAAGAACGAAAAGUUCAUGGUCUUCGAAGGUCUUGGUGAAGACGAUGGAGAUUUGGAUAUGGAUGAUGACGAUAUGGCAUCCGGAGACGACGACGCUGGAUUUGCAUAA